AUGUAGCUCCAUCAACAGCUCGAUUAACUAGUCUGGUUGUGCUCUAGACUUCCCUUCUCUCAGCGCGACCAGGGCAGCUGCAGUCUGAACACAAAGUAACCCUUUUAGGCCCCACUUCUUCCACCCACCCCAAUGCCACACUAGUGCCCACACCUCAGCAGAGAAGACCGAAGCUCUAUCAGACAGCCACCUCCCCUGGUGUAUCUGAAACCAGGGAACAUGUAUCCCAAACCCUGCUCUCCCACUGCCUGUGUUCCUCUGUGAAGAUCUGCAAGUAGGGACCCCAUGCCCGCCAACAUUGAAAUGGCUCCCUUCCACAGAUCUCCCUAUAUGAUGUCAUCUUAGUUCCUAGGUCAUUGACUGCAUUGCUGUUGUUGCCACGUGAGCAGGUCAAUAUGAGUGGAGAGAGGGAAACGUUGAUGGAUGAAAUCGAACAGAGUUUAUACACUUUAACCAAGUACAAUUUACGCUGCCUGUGUGAACGCAUUGCAAUAGGUGGCAAGGAUGGCUCCAAUGUUCAAGGAAAGAAUCACCAUCACUCAUUGCGCCGUAACAUCCUGGAGGAACUUUGGGAACAUGCAGAUUCAAUGGAAUCGGAGGAGCAGGGAAUGUCUUGGUUAAACCAACUGAAAGAGGACAUCAGAAAGAUACAGGAGGAUGGUAGAUGUGCACCUUUGAGUCCCAGCCAAUCCAUUGAUGAUGAUGAUGCUGUAGACUGUGAUGAAGAAGGGAACCAGAAGGACAUGGAUUGGUUACCUUGCAAAAGGCUGGAGGCGGAGACCAUGAGUCCCAGCCAAUCCAAUGAUGAUGCAGACUGCGAUGAAGAAUGGGAUGAGGAUGACAGGGAUUGGUUGCCUAGCAAAGGGCAGGAGGCGGAGCCAGCUCCAGAGAGUCACAAACCAGAGCAGAGGGAGAAGAGAGUUAUUUGUUUCCCCUGUCUGUCCCCUCCUGGUAAUGCCUUACUGCUGGGUCUGAAGAGGGUGUCUGUGCGGCUGGUCGACUGCAGGAAAACACCGGGGUUGAGAGGAACUGCUGGAGGAGGAGACGUGGAGGAGGAAGGAGAUGUGAUUCAUCAAAGAGAGAGACGUGGCAACCGUGGAUCUUCUGGGGAGCCUCAACAACAACAUCAUCAUGCUGACGACCCAGACUGGAGUCUUCCCACAUCAAAACACCUAAGCAAACAAUCGCAGAGACAUACAGGGAAGAAACCACACCACUGCUGCUCUGACCGUGGGAAGACUUUCGGUGGUCCAGCGACACUCAAAAUGCACCAAAGAAUCCAUACAAGAGAGAAACCUUACCGCUGCUCACAGCGUGGGGAGACGUUCAGUCAAAAAUUGACUCUUAAGAUGCACCAGCAAAUGCACACUGGGAAGAAACCUCACCACUGCUCUGACUGCGGAAAGAGUUUCAGUGUUUUAUCAAGGUUGAAAAUCCAUCAAAGCACCCACACCGAAUAUAAACCAUUCCAGUGCUCCAAGUGUGGGAAAGGUUUUGCAAACAACCACUAUCGAAAAAUACAUGAGAAAACGGUACACGAGCCUCCCGCAGAAAGGUCUUACCACUGCUCUGACUGCGGGAAGAGCUACAGUUUUUUAUCAACCUUCAAAAACCAUCAAAGGAAACACACAGGAGAGAAACCAUUCCAAUGCUCCAAGUGCGAGAAAAGUUUUGCUCAAAAAUCCACUCUAAAAGCACACAAGCAAACACACAUGCCUGCCACAGAAAGGCCUUACCAAUGUGCCUACUGCAAGAAGAGGUUUUGUAUUUCGGCAUCCUUUAAUUUGCAUAUGAGAAUGCAUACUGAAGAGAAACCAUUCCAAUGUUCCGACUGCGGAAUGCAGUUCAUUCAAGCCUACUUACUGAAAUUACACGAGUUUAAACACAAGCCUGCUGACGAAAGGCCCUUCCGCUGCUCAGAAUGUGAUGCGGGUUUUGCCACGAAAGGUAGUCUAAAAUUUCACCAGCUGAUGCACAACCCGGGAGAGAGACCUUACCGCUGCCUUGAGUGUGGACAUUGUUUCUCUCAUCCAAUAUAUCUGAAGAAACACCAGAAAAGGCACAGUAAAGACAAGUCCAUUGUCUGCGACCUGUGCGGGAAGACUUUCAACCAUCCAAGCAACUUCAGAACUCACAUGAAGAUACACCGAGGAGUGAAACCGUACCACUGCCCUGACUGUGGCAGGAGCUUCAUAUUCCGCCAAGGUUUAGCAACACACCAGCGUGUGCAUACCGGAGAGAUGCCUUACGUCUGUGAUCAAUGUGGGAGGAGGUUUUCUCAGUCCCAUUCUUUGGUGACACACCAACGAACACACACCGGGGAGAAACCUUACCCAUGCUCUGUCUGUGGGAUGAGCUUCAGUCGGUCACAAAACCUGGCUGCACACAAGAGAACUCAUACUGGAGAGAAGCCUCACGCCUGUGAUCAGUGUGGGAAGAGGUUUUCCCGAACCGAUGCACUGGCUGUACACAAGCGCACCCACACCGGAGAGAAGCCUUACAGUUGUGAUAUAUGUGGGGAGAGGUUCACCUAUUUAGUAGGCAUGUUGAAACAUAAGAAAGUACAUGGACAUCCUGCAGGUGACGUACUGUGUGCUGAAUGGCCUCAGAACAAUUCUAGCUCUGCCUAUGAAUAGGGUAAAUCCAUUUGAAUUCAAUCACUUUUUGACUGCAUCCCUUUUGAUGUAAGCAAGACUUUCCAUACAUGU